UUAGAAUACAUAAUGUUCCAAUCUCUUCACCUUGUUACAUGCCAACCCCAUCCUAUGCCUGUGCGACUUGGAACCCACCAUUUGAGCCGCCUCCACACCCACCUUCCUUGUCUUACAUAAAGUCCAAAUUUUGCGAAGCCUCUGCUUCGUCUUGGUAACCUUCAAUAUGAGAAUUUCUUUCUUUCAGUUAUCUCACAGUUAGAAGGUGCUAUAAAUUUCCAUUGCCAAGGAAGGUGCUACAGACUGCUGGAGAAAAGAGCAAGUGGAAGAGAAAGAGAGCCUAAUGCAGCUUUUCUCUUACAGAGUGAGGAGCAUAUGGACUAACUGGGACCUCCGAGCAUUUAUUCUAACCAGCUUAUGCUUGCAGAUCGUCCUCAUCUUCUCCGGGAGCGUCCGGAAGCGCAACAAAUCCAGAUGCAUCAGCCUCAUCCUCUGGUCAGCAUACUUGCUUGCGGACUGGGUCGCCACCUUUGCUCUCGGCAUCCUCUCUAAUAACCAAGAUAGUCCCUCCAGUCCUGACAAUGAGAACAACGACCUCCUCGCAUUCUGGGCCCCUUUCCUUCUCUUACAUCUUGGCGGCCCCGACACCAUCACUGCUUUCUCCCUAGAGGAUAAUGAGCUAUGGAUGAGACACUUGCUUGGACUAAUGUUUCAGGUUGCAGUCGCCUUCUAUGUCUUCAUUGGGUCCCUGCCACAAACUAGGCUCAAGGCCCCUGCAGCUUUAAUGUUUCUCGCUGGAAUUCUGAAGUAUGGUGAGAGGUCCUGGGCACUCAUGUGUGCAAGCAUGGACUGCCUGAGGAACUCCAUGGUAACACCUCCUGACCCUGGUCCAAACUAUGCCAAGUUCAUGGAGGAGUAUGCCUCGAUGUCGGCUGCUGGUCUACAAGCAGAGAUUGAGGUGGAGAAGGAACCUGAAACCCAGCCGCGAUCUUUGGACACUGUCGUGGAGGAUAUUAAUACAGUGAUGAUUCUGUCCAGAGCUCAUCGGUUCUUCCACACAUUCAAGCGCCUCAUUGUAGACCUCAUCCUCAGCUUCCAUGACCGGAACGAGAGCCAAUCCUUCUUCCUCAAGCGCUCUCCCUUGCAAGCCUUCAAAGUAAUCGAAAUCGAACUCUCCUUCAUUUACGACGUGCUCUAUACCAAGUCAACUCUCAUUCAUACUGUCGUAGGCCCCUUCUUCCGCAGCAUCACUUUUUCCUCGAUCCUAUCUGCCCUCCUGCUCUUCCUGUUCACCAAGAAGCAUGGCUACAAAGAUAUCGAUGUAGUAAUUACUUACAUACUGUUGGGAGGGGCUCUCGUUCUUGAGAGCUAUUCCGUUGGCCUGCUGGUUUUCUCGGACUGGGCAUUUAUUAAGCUGAAAGAUCUCAAGCAGUAUCGCCUGUCUAACAUGAUCUUUGCAAGCAUUUCUUUCUUUCGACCAGCCAACAAACCAAGGUGGUCUAAUUCCAUGGCAUGCUACAACCUGAUAAGAUUCUGCCUUAAAGACCAGCCAUCCACAAUCAAAAGAAUCAUGGCUCUUCUUACUGUGAAAGAAGCCUGGGAUAGGUUCUUCCAUACCAUCUAUUGUCCUGUCCAUGAUGAGCUGAAAGAAUUCAUCUUUAAGGAGAUCAAGAACAAGACAAGCAGUGCAGAAGACUCCAAAGGCUACAAGCGUUUCAGCACCUGCAGAGGAGAAUGGGCCCUUCAAAGGAAGGGAUACCGGAAGGAGCUUGGCUGGAGUGUUGAGGUGGAGUUUGACGAGAGCAUCCUUUUGUGGCACAUUGCAACUGAUCUCUGCUAUUACUUUGACGGCAUCAAUCACCCAAAGGGCAUACUUUCAGACCAGAAGAUUAGCAAGGCGAUAUCCGAUUACAUGUUGUAUCUUCUUGUAGUUCGCCCUUUCAUGCUGAGUGCUGGAAUUGGGCAGAUCAGGUACGGAGACACCUGUGCGGAGGCUAAGAAAUUCUUUCAGCGAGGAGACGCAAUGCCUGAUGCGACGCAAGCCUGUGAGAUGCUCCUUUCGGUGGAAACUAAAGUCCCUCCAAUACAGGUGAAAGGAGACAGAAGCAAAUCAAUACUUUUUGAUGCUUGUAUGCUUGCAAAGCAUUUGUUAGAGCUGAAGGUAGAGAAAAGAUGGAAGAUAAUGAGUGUUGUUUGGGUGGAGAUGUUGUGCUAUGCUGCAAGUCAUUGCAGAGGUUAUUACCAUGCCAAGCAGCUUAGCACCGGAGGAGAGUUGCUCACUUUGGUAUGGUUUUUAAUGGCUCACCUAGGAAUAGGAGAUCAAUAUAGGAUAGAAGAAGGACACGCUAGAGCAAAACUGAUAGUAGAGAAAUAAGGUAAAGGCUACGGCAGUUUGAUAAUGUACUCUGUUUCAAGUAAUGCACUUUUGAGAUGGAUGAUGUCUUUUUUGCUUAA